GAAUGUGUGAUAAAAGCGACGCGUAAAAAUAAAAAUUUUGUCAUUGGCAACGAACUUGGUAUAAAAGUAUGUUAUCAAGCGAAUUUUAAUGUUCCGCGAAAUAUUAACAUUGACGUCUCGUCAGAAUCCGUUAAAUCAAUAAAGCAAUCAGUCCAAAGAAACUCAAUCAGGUGUAGAAAAUGAGGUAUAUAUUUGUUAAGUCAAUGCAACGAGAUCAGUCUUGUGAUAAGUUUUGAGAAAGGAACGCUAUAAAUAUGUUCAGUGUUUCCAUAUUGUUUUGUUUAAUCGCUAGUGUUUUAGCUCAGAGUGCAGAUCAAGGAUCUUUUGGAUCUUCUCAAUCUCAUAAGCCUCAUAAAACUCCUUCCAACCACCAGCCUCCUAAACUUUCUUCCUCCAGCCUUCAAACUUCUGAAAUUCCUUCUUCCUCCAGUAUUAAACCUUCUGAACCUUCUUCCUCCAAUAUCAAACCUCCAAAUCCUUCUUCCUCCAACAUUAAACCUUCUCAACCUAUUUCCUCCAACAUUAAAUCUUCUGAACCUUUAUCAUCCAACAUUGAACCUUCUUCCUUUAAUAUUAAACCUCCUGAUCUUUCUUCCUCCAACAUUAAGCAUACUAAACCUUUAUCAUCCAAAGUUAAACCUUCUGAACCUUCUUCCUCCAAUAUUAAACCUCCUGACCCUUUUUUCUCCAACGUUAAAUCCUCUGUAUCUAAUUCCUCCAACAUUAAGCCUUCUGAACCUUUAUCAUCUAACAUUAAACCUUCUGUACCUACUUCUUCCAACAUUAAGCCUUCUGAACCUUUAUCAUCUCACAUUAAACCUCCUGAUCCUUCUUCCUCCAGUAUUAAACCUUCUGAACCUUCUCCCUUCAAUAUCAAACCUCCAAAUCCUUCUUCCUCCAACAUUAAACCUUCUCAACCUAUUUCCUCCAACAUUAAAUCUUCUGAACCUUUAUCAUCCAACAUUGAACCUUCUUCCUUUAAUAUUAAACCUCCUGAUCUUUCUUCCUCCAACAUUAAGCAUACUAAACCUUUAUCAUCCAAAGUUAAACCUUUUAAACCUUCUUCCUCCAAUAUUAAACCUCCUGAUCCUUUUUUCUCCAACGUUAAAUCCUCUGUAUCUAAUUCCUCCAACAUUAAGCCUUCUGAACCUUUAUCAUCCAACAUUAAAUCUCCUGAUCCUUCUUCGUCCAGAAUUAAACCUUCUGAUCUUUCUUUUCCCAGCAGCAAACCUUCCCCACCUACUUUCUCCAGCAUCCAACCUCCCAAAAAUACUUCCUCCAGCCAGCACCAUUCUAAAUCUCCUUCCUCUGGCCAUCAACCUUCUAAAACUUCUAAAUGUCCUUUCGUACGUUCUUCACCGUACAAUUUAUCAGCGAUGUGUGGAGAAUGGUAUCUGUACGAAAGUAGUCUCAAUGUGCGAAGCAAAGACGAAAGAUGCAUAAAAGUAAAGUUAGAAGAAUAUCCCGUUGGUAAAUUCAAACUCAUCAGUAAAUCUUAUAUAUCUAGCAUCAGCACAACUUCUACAGUUGUCACUGACGUAAUUGUUAAAAACAAGGAUAAUGGAGUUCUUGCAAGUCAUGUUCCGCUUUUUGGUUCUAUAUACAAGCCUGUAACUUUACUCACAGUAGAAAGAGACCAUGUUAUAUUAUAUUCUUGCCAAAUACGCGGAAAUAAACGUGUCGAAUCUGCGUGGGUGUUUAUCAAGUACGCUUCAAGCCCUCCAAUUUGGCUCGACGACAAAGUAGAAAACGCCUUUUUAGAUCAUAAUCUUAAAAUGCCUAAUAUGAAUUCGAGCGAUUACGAAGAAUGUCUUGAUGUGUUUUCAAGUUACCAAUUUGAUCCUGCUCCGACGCCGGAAACCAUGACAAUAUCUUGUUUCUUAAAUAUUACAUGUCUCGCCAAAAAGUGGAGGGAAUUUGUGAAUUUAUUAAUGCCUUAUAGUUAGAAUUUCAAAAAUACA